GCCGCCACAAACCUCCAGCUCGAGGGACGCCUGCGCCAAAGCAAACCAACUUCCAACGUCCAACGCACCUUUCAUGUACGCCUGCCUUUAUCUGCAACAACAAAAAGUAUCUAUACGAAGUGGAGCGCACUCCCACGAACAGCAAACAAACACGUUCGCCUUGCUUGACAUACACGCGCAGGAGAAAGCGGGAACACAUGCCAGGCACCUCAUCGUCCGCCUUCGACGUGCCGCCGCUGCCUCGCUUCCGCUACCACCGCAAAAGCGGAACGUGGCGGAAGGAGAAGGUGCCGCCCACCAACGCAUCUGCCGGCACGUCCCCCACCGACGCACGUCCCUGCGACGGCGAUAUCACGGCAGCCGGUGCCGCCACGCAGACCACGCACGAGCCUUUUGAAAGCUCCUACGACUAUUUCCUGCGCUCUGUGCGUCCGCCGCCACCGAAGUGGACGCAGGCGGAGCGCGACGCGCACAGGCGGGAGGCCACCCGCGGCCCUAUCCGCGACUUCGAGGCGGCCCUCUUUAAGAACCAGUCCUACGCCGUCAGCGGGCGGCGACUGCGCUCGGCGGGUGAAAUGCACGAGCGGGGCGGCACCGCGACACGGCGUGCGCGCAAGUCCCUCGACUCCAUGCACUCCAUCACGAUGACGACCAGCCUUCAUCCUUUGAUUGGCUACGCCUCCACGGCGUCGAUGCCGGCCGUGUACGCUGCCAUCGCGACCCUCAAGCCGCACCCUCUCAAUUUCGCGUCGACGCUAUCGCUCGACGAUCGCCUUGAGCGGUCGGAGUUCCAUGAAUUUCUCUCCGCGAUCGGCCCGAUAGAGGUGUUGAGCCCGUCGUAUGAGGACACGAUGUUUCGCACCCUUCCGUCCUACGCAGCCGACACAGAGACAGCGGAGGUGCUCGCUGUGCUAACCCUUCUGCUUGAUCACCGCUACCACCCUCAAUUCGAAUCGAACAUCACCGCUAUCUUCCGCUCCUUUGAUGUGGACGAGAAGGGCGUUGUGGCGUUGGAAGCGCUGCAUCCGCAGGUCAUCUUGGCAUGGGCGGAGACGCGGACUUUUGGUAAGCUGCGCGAGCAGUGGAGCAGCUUCUCUGCGGUGGUGGCAAACGAAGUGAACAGCGGGGCUGCGACUUUCCUUCACUUGCCGACGUUGAUGCCGCGAAAUGCGGUGCGUGCGUUUCUUACCUGCACGGAGGCGUUGUACGCGGCUGCGUGCUCACUAGACCUGGACGGCGGCUCGCUCUGA